AGUACACGUAAAAUCAAAUCAUUUGAAGACCUCUCAGUCAAAAUGGAGAUUAGAAGCAGCACCAACUACCUCUGGAAUAUCAAAGACGUGUUGGGACAAGGAGCUACUGGAGCCGUCUACAAAGGACGAAACAAGAAAAAUGGAGAAGAGGUUGCUAUCAAGACUACUAACCAUAUUGGAAUGAUGAGACCAGUUGAAGUCAGGAUGAGAGAAUUUGAAGUUUUGAGCAAGCUAGACCACAGAAAUAUUGUUCGAAUUUUUGCUUCUGAGAAGGAGCUGCGUAGCCAGAGUGAGAUCAUCGUCAUGGAGUUGUGUAAUGGAGGUAGUCUGUACAACUUGCUGGAACAUCCUUCGAAUGCAUACGGUUUCUCAGAAAAAGAUUGUAUUGACAUCAUACGAGAUGUUGUGGCAGGCAUGGAGCACCUGCGAGAACAAGGAAUAGUGCACAGGGACCUCAAGCCAGGCAACAUUAUGCGAGUGUUUAAAGAAGACAACACUUGUGUGUAUAAGCUGACAGAUUUUGGUGCCGCAAGAGAAUUGAUGCAUUCAGAUCAGUUCAUUUCAAUCUACGGCACAGAGGAAUACCUGCAUCCAGAUCUUUAUGAACGAGGAGUUUUACGAAAGCACAGUAGUAAAACAUUUGGAGCAAAUGUGGACCUUUGGAGUAUUGGUGUGACAUUUUAUCACAUUGCAACAGGCCAGCUACCUUUCCGACCACAUGGCGGACGUCAGAACAAAGACACAAUGUAUCACAUCACGACUACCAAGAAGUCAGGCAUGAUAUCUGGCGUACAGAAGCAAGAAGGCGGGCCGAUAACAUGGAGUGACAAGCUACCAGAACACACUCAACUUUCUUGUGGAUUUCAAGAACUUCUGACGCCUAUUCUGGCCGGUGUACUGGAGUCGGUUCCAGCUAACAUGAUGACCUUCCCUGAUUUCUUUAGUAAAGUUCAGGACAUCGUGUCGAGAACGGUUAUUGAAGUAUACUAUGUUCAGUCGGGUUCUUUUCACCAAAUACACGCCAAAGCCAACGAAAAGUUUGCCAAUUUUCAAGAACGAGUUGCCAGGGAGACAGGAGUACAAGCACCACUUCAAAUGUUUUACGUGAAUGGCGAACCGUUUAAUCCAAACCCAAACCAAGAGGCUUCCAAGUAUCCUUCGACAAAAAGAGAACGACCUCUGAUCCUAUCGGGAGGGUAUUUUGUCACACCUGAUUUACUUCGAAUGAGAAAAAUCCCGCCUGUAGCUGCUAUUCCAGAUCAGAGGACGUUAGAGGAAGAUUCAACGGUGGCCAAGAUUAUUGCAAACUGCGCAUUUUCCUGCCAGAUUUCCGUCAAGGUUUACGAAGACACGAUGAAAGCCAUGGCCUCUUCUCUCGAUUGCGCCAUAAAAUCCCAGAGACUUAAAAUGUUAAAGAUGUCUGCGGACUGCUGUAAAACGGAGGAAAGAAGAUUUACAGUUCAAAACAUGACAAAGAAUUUCUGCAAGAGCAACGAGGCUCUAGUCAGAAUGAUAGAAGAGCUUUCUUCACACUUUCAACUACCAGAGGAAGAGAGAGCUGACACUGAAAAAGAAAUCAAUAUGAUCAGGACUUGGAUCCAAGCCAAAACAACAAGCGAUGAAGAACUUACCAAAGUCAACCAGUAUCUGGAAAAGUUAAGAUCAAUAAUAACUGAGAUGGUUGACAAGGAAUGUCUGUCCCCUUUGUAUUUUGACUUCAGAGAGAAAACGUCCAAUAUAACCUGUUAUGCAGUGGUAUCCAAUCUUACAAGCAAAAUUGAAAACAUCUACAUGAGAUUUCGUAAAGAUAAACACCAAAGACGAUUAUCUGCCGCGGAAGAGCAUAAUCAUCAAUAUGACAAAAAGGCACUAUCGGGCUUGAUAGAGCGGGUCAAGCAAGUCACUAAAGAUUGCUUUCAACUUCAAGUACAAUUCCAUGGUGAACUGCAGAACUUGCUCACGCAAGUGCAUUUCAAACAGGAUGAGGCAAAGAGACAACAACAAUAUCUUGAGGAAGCUAAAGAAGCUGACAAAGUCCAUUUAUAUUCACUUGAAAGCACACAAAAGGAAUGUCUUGAGAUGUACCAGCGUAUCUACAAGAGGAUUAUGCAGACUAGGGCCAGUUCAUCUUUGUUAUCUAUUGGUACUGAUGUACCUUCACUCCUAUCUUCAAAUGGCAUCACUGAACAAGAAACUCUAACAGAACAAUAUUUUUUGGAGAUGGAUGAUCAGAUAAAGAGUCUAUGUGAGACAACAGAAAAAUCUCGAAAAUCAGCCAAGGAAAACACUGACCAGUUGAAGAAGUUGAAAUCUUCAUUUGCUGAUUUUUUCAAACUGCUUGACGAGAGUGGGUUAGACACUGUUAAGAAAUUACGAGAACUACAAGCCCACCAAGUGCUGAAAGACAUGGAGUCUACAGAAGGUGUUAUCUCACAGGGAUAGCAAACUACAUGUGCUACGCACCACACCUUGUGAACACUUCUACAAGUUUUUUAUUUCUUUUUGACAACUUUUUAACAAGUUUUGUUGAUUGUGCUCUUUACUGCUAUUAUGUAUUGGUGUGUCACCUUGAUGUUUCUUUUCAAGAAGACAAUACGUUGUCAAAAACAAAUCAAAACAUGCAGAAGUGUUCAUAUGGUAUGGGGCCUAGCACAUGUAGUAGUACAACUAGCUUUACGAAAAGCCAGAAUCAAUGAUUUCAAUACCUUUAUUCUUCUUGGUCUUUAUCAUUUUCACAAUUUAUUGAGCACAACUUACUAACAGAAUCUAAAUGGAGUUCACCAUAGAAGCAGGGAGGUGAUAGAAACAGUAUACAGGAGCACUUAAUUAAUGCCUUAGUUUGAAUGAAAGUUAUGACUCCUUGUCAUAUGUUGUAUUAAUUUUUUUCCAUGGUUUGUUUUUCAUAUCACAAAAGAAAAUCACAAAAAUCACAAAAACAUAUUGAAAAAAUCAUCAAAAGUUUGAAUGUGUGUUGAAGUAAUAGAAAAAAACGGGAAUCUAUUUCCAACACUUCAGGGCUUAAAUAUUAAUUACAGAAAUGAUAACACAUUACAGGCAAAAACAUAAUUGUAAUAAGGCAUGUUAUAAAAUGAUUUGCAGCAUAAUUUAGGCUCCAAUCAAACAAACAGGUUUGUAUAAAUAAGAAUUGCCAAGUUUAGUUUAAAGCCUUGUUCACACUAGCGUCUUAAUCGUAAUCAUGAUCGCAAUCGUAAGAAGCGUUAAAACUCAGUCUGAAUCAAAGAUCGUAGUCUUGAGCGCCGUCGUAAAGCCCCGUUUACACUGGCGAUUUUUGCUGCGAUUUUUGUGGCAAUUGUCGGGAAUAUGAAAUAUUUUGUCUCAUCCUUCAAAAGAGACAUUCGUGUAGGAAAAUCUUGGUAUCCUGGAGAAAAAAAACUUUACAAGUAAAUUCUUUACCAUUAUUUAUUAUGGACAAAGUCGCAAAAAAAGCUGCCUUUCGAGUUGGCGGCAGAGGGAACUGAAGAAGACUAUUGACCAUCAGAAGCAUCUCAAUAAUAAUAAUAGUUUUUUUAAUCACGUGUGGAACAAGAGCGUAGAGCUCGUCAAAAUACGAACUUUUUCAUUUAAACAACGUCAUUGAAUUAUUGUAUUCAUAAUUCUAGCACAUGUCCAGAAACACAUCCUCCUUGGUUGAAUAUGUCAUUAGCGAUUCGUUUWAGAUCAUUGUCUCCAUUCUUUUUGGAUCCUUGAAAAUAAAAGAAACAUACUUAAUACUUAAUAUAUCCUUAUGAGCAUAACCCAAAUAGUUUCUGUUUGAAAACCCAAGAAAAUCGCCGCAAAAAUCGCUAGUGCAAACGGGGCUUUACAGUAGAGUCCUGAAAAAGACCUAUUGUUCUAACGCUAAGAAUUAUGGUUGCUAGAGGGGGACAAUGACAAUAACACAAAGAAAACAACACGAUAAAGUUGCAGUUACAAAAAGAUAUGGAAAAGGGAGGAAUGACAACAACACAUCAUGAAUAUCAACGGUUAAACUAACUAUUGACACAACAUUGGAAACUAGACAAUUUGAAACCAAACGUCUUUCUAAGAGAAAGAAGAUUUAGUGGAAAUUUCCAUUGUUUUUAUCAAUUGUCCCCCAAUGUAAAUAUACUGUCAUGUCAUAGUUUAUUGGGCAAUAUGACAGUGCCAAAAUAUGUACUUAUUGACUGARCUAGGUGGGGUGGGAGGGGAAAAUAUUUGGCUCGAGGUCAUGCCGUAAGGACCGAGUCCAGCAAUUGUUGUUGUAAUAGGCUAAAGGAUACUGUUAAAAUUGAUAAAUACAGUGCACAUAUACCGUCUGGCCCCAAUCAAGACUUUUYCAAAGGUCCUAUUAGAGCAUGUACGGGUCAUAUGAUAAAACUUUUAAUGAAUAAUUGGUUUAAUUAGUACUGUAGCUUUACAUGUAGUUGUUAAUUUAUGUACAUACAAAUAGAGUAUGACGACAAAUAAAAAGACCACAAAAAUUGAAU